AAGAUAAUGAAGUCAAUGAUAACGUUAUUGUCACGUACAAGCAUAUACCGCCCCCAAAUUUGCAAGUCCUUACUACAAGGGCCGCCAAACGACGCAAAACACUCGGUUACAAUGAAGCGGUUUGGGUCUCCUCCGACGCUGCACUUGCCACCGAUCAAAUAAAGAAGGAGCGACUGAUGUUGGCGGAGCUCGGUCAUUGGACCCCGCUGUGGUAUUCUUCAAAUGGCCACGAUUACGCGUGUUUAUCAUCGUCGGCAACGGCAAAUGAGUUGACAAAGGAGAACGAACCGACGCUUGGAACUUGGUUUCGCCCUACCCUAGGGAUGCCUUCGACAGCACCAAGUAGUGGCGCAAACGCUGAACUUGACGGAAUGAUCAUAAUCGACCAAUUAACGCUGACAAGCCAAGCCAAGCAGUUGCUUUCAAAAGGCGAAUUUAGCGAACUCACAUCUGCGCAAGUGUCAACUUUGAACAAGGAUUGGCAGUUGUAUCCACAACUGCGAUUCUACGCAUCUCAACUCUUUGCUGGUGCUAUUAUGAUCGAUAACGGCCGAGCAAUUCUCAUUAACACAGUCGAGCCUUAUUCGCGUGACUCAUCAUUGGAUGCUCAUUUUGAGCGUCGGUUACCCGGGAUGCCUUCGUCCUACCCAGACGCACGAGGAAAGUACGGACACUUCACGACUGUGCUUAUGCAAAGCGAUGGCGUAAAGAAGCUAGUAGUUGGUACACGUACCUGCAACCUACUAGUUACCUCGAGCAUUCGUCUUGAUAUUGCCUCUGUCAACAUCGGCCCCGGCACAUCUCACUUCAAGCCCUCAGAAAAUACACGCGUAUUCCUCGACGCUGAGUCCGUCGAACUGGCCAACGAAAACAUGAUGAAUGAGCGCACGAUACAAGCGCAGGAUAUGUUGUCCAUGUUUCAACUGAAGCAAGUGCGCUCCAAGUUUGAUUCUCUAUCAACGUACACAAUGUGCCGCGCAUCCUCCCGCUUGUCUUCACCCCUGGAACUCCAGCCCGCCACCAUCUGGACCUUGUGUGAGGACGAUUCGGCGCAAACAAAAAAGUCACAAGAGAAAAUCGCAUCGUCAUUCUUCCAGUUGAUCGCUCAAAAAGUGAUCGUUAGAGGCCACAACGCAAGCCUGGAACUACAAGAGGCCGAGGCAAUUUUCGCUCAGGCUAAAGACACUGCUAUCGGACGCACAUUGUCACAUAUCAAGCAACUCUUCGUCCAGGAGCCAUCCAUUACAAUCAUCGGGAAUGCCAAUCUGAACAGCUUACUGUUCAAUCUAGCGAGCACCAUGACCUCGGCUCUUCGAGCAGCAAACAAAAGCAAAAUGGAACAAAUGAAGGCGAGAGCUUACGUUUAAGAACAAUGACAUUCACACUCAUUUACGCUCACUUACAUUCACUUACACUCAAACUUGCUCACACACAUUCGCAUUCACACUCACACUCACACUCACAUUCGCUUUUAUAUAUCAUCAUCAUCGUCAUCUCAUCAUUUGUCAAAGAUUUCAGUGCGCAUAAACAGGCUCGUAUAUGGAUCCAUUUAUAUGAACCGGGCCAGACAAUAAAGUUUGAUAAAUCAGAUGCCAUAUGCAUUUUGACUGGAACCGCAUUUGUUCGAAAUUUCAAAUGUAUCUAUAUGAAAUAUAGGCUAAUUCAAUAGCCUGUUUUUUUGUUGGCGGAGUCGUG